UACCUACUAGAGACGCGUCCGCGGCCGCGGGGGUCAAGGCUGGGGCGAGGCCAUGUCCGACCUGGGCUCCGAGGAGUUGGAGGAGGAGGGAGAGAAUGAUCUUGGGGAAUAUGAAGGGGACCGGAAUGAGGCGGGCGAAAGGCACGGCUAUGGGAAAGCGAGGCUGCCCAACGGGGACACGUACGAGGGUAGCUACGAACACGGGAAGAGGCACGGGCAGGGGAUCUACAAGUUUAAAAAUGGCGCGCGAUACAUUGGAGAGUAUGUUAAAAAUAAAAAGCAUGGUCAAGGCACUUUUAUAUACCCAGACGGAUCGAGAUAUGAAGGGGAGUGGGCCAAUGACCAGAGGCACGGCCACGGCAUGUACUACUACGUCAACAACGACACCUACACUGGGGAGUGGCUCGCUCACCAAAGGCACGGCCAAGGCACCUAUGUCUACGCAGAGACGGGCAGCAGGUACGUGGGUACCUGGGUCAACGGACAGCAAGAGGGCGCGGCCGAGCUUAUCCACACGAACCACAGGUACCAGGGCAAGUUCGUGAACAAAAACCCCGUUGGCUCCGGAAAGUACGUGUUCGAUAUUGGAUGCGAGCAGCACGGGGAAUAUCGUCUCACCGAUGUGGAGCGAGGAGAAGAGGAGGAGGAGGAGGAGACAUUAAUAGCUGUCGUUCCGAAAUGGAAAGCCACCAAGAUCACAGAACUGGCCCUGUGGACGCCGAGCCUGCCUGAGGGGCGGCCAUCCACGGACGUGCCUGGCCAGGAAGAGGCUCCAGUGCUGGAGGGCGGCACGGAGUCCAGGGAGGAGGUCCAGCCGCUGACCGACCUGUCGGAGGGCGAGGAUUUCCUGCGGCCUGCGGAGGACGACGGCGAGUCCUUCAGGGACGAGGCCCGCGAGAGCGACCGCGAGGAGUUCCGCUUCGACUCCAUGGACCAGGGAAAUGUGAGUUUUGAAGAGGAAGAAAGCAAACAAAUGGGUCCUCCAGACUGAGGGGCCCGGAGCCCGGAGCCGGCCACCGAGAUGCCUGUCCCUCGCGCGGUUAACACCGAGCGAUGACUCACCUUUCUUACUUAGUCGUUUGUGAAAAUGGUUUCCAAUUGCAAAUAAAUUUCCUCCAUAUGCUUUGUUUGUGAAACAGCCUCGACUGCAAGUUCUUUAAACCGAGAACUACAGGCUCGUUUAUUCCUGGGUUUUCCGCUGGUGUUUUCCCUGGUACAAACGGUCAAACAGCCGUUAACUCCGCGGAAGCUGGUGCUGCGUGUCCCCCGCGGGGCUGGUGGAGCAGCUGCAGGG